GAAGGUCAUCCAUAAUGUUAGUGUUGUAUUUUUUUGCUAUUGUAGCCGUUCUUUUAAUUUAUUACUUCAGACACAAAAACAAUUAUUGGAAGAACAAAGGCCUUCCAGGACCGAAGCCAAUUUUAUUGUUUGGUAAUUACAAAAACGCGGCUCUCAGAAGAGAAAACUCGGCGGAAACCCUACGAAAUAUUUAUAAUGAGUUCCGGAAUGUUCCUCUAAUUGGAAUGUAUAGGAUGACAUCACCGUGCAUCCUAGUCACCGAUUUGGACGUUAUAAAAAACAUCAUGAUUAAAGACUUCGAUAAGUUCCAAGACCGCGGAGUGGAAUUCAGCAAGGAAGGUUUGGGAGCUAAUCUCUUCCACGCAGAUGGAGAAACGUGGAGGGUACUGAGGAACAGAUUCACGCCAAUGUUCACGACGAGCAAACUCAAGAACAUGGUGUACCUGAUUGAGCAGAAGAGUGACAUAAUAAUGAGAUAUCUAGACGAUAUUACAACAGGUACCGAAGAACAGGACAUAACAAAAAUAAUACGAAGAUACACGUGCUCGACCAUAGCGUCGUGUGCGUUCGGUCUCGAGUUUGACACAAUCAGUGAAUCUCUUAUGGCCGUGCUCUUAAAAAUAGAUAAGCUCACUCUAACCUGCAAUCCGUUUCACGAAAUAGACAUGAUGUUUCCAGGAGUUUUGAAGAAAACUAAUAUCUCUCUAUUCCCUAGGGACGUCUCAAGUUUCUUCGACAGAAUGGUAUCUAAUGUCAUCAAUGAAAGAGAUGGAAAACCAUCUACUAGAAAUGAUUUUAUGGAUAUCAUACUGGAGAUGAGGGAACAAAAAGAUAUAACAUACAGACAAAACAAUAAAGGGAAUGGUGAAGAUGACCUCAAACUGACAUUAACAGAUGGAGUCAUAGCUGCACAAGCUUUUGUAAUUUACAUAGCUGGUUACGAAACCAGUGCAACUAUACUAACAUAUCUAGUAUAUGAACUCGCUAUGAAUCCAAAAAUACAAAACAAGUUACUAGAAGAAAUCGAUGAAGUGAUGAACAGGAAUAAGGACGAAAUCACUUACGACAGCGUCUGCAAUAAUCCUUACAUGGAGAAAGUGUUUAACGAAGUAUAUAGGAAGUAUCCUUUAGUUCCAAUUUUCAGAAAAUCUAACUGUGAUUAUAAGGUACCAGGUAUGGAUUUUACAAUAGAAAAGGAUACAGUAAUAAUGAUACCGACUCUAGGAAUUCAUUACGAUGAGAAAUACUAUCCUGAUCCAAAAAAGUUUGAUCCGGAAAGAUUUUCCCCGGAAAAUGAGCAAAACAGACACAGCUGUGCUUACCUGCCUUACGGAGUGGGCCCUCGAAAUUGCAUAGGUAUACGAUUUGGCAAACUGCAAACCAGGGUUUUUGCUAUGAAAUUCUUCAGGAAAUAUCGCGUGGAACCAUCCCCGAAGACGGGAAAUCUGGAAUUCGACCCUAAUAGGUUACUCGUCAGUCCACUGGGUGGAAUUUAUGUUAAUAUCGUUCCGAGAAAUGUAAAAGCUCAAUGAUUUUGU